AUGCCACGAGAGCUACCCAAGUUCGGAGGGGAUCCGGAGGAGUGGCCUAUCUUCUAUAGUUCGUUCAAGAACACGACGGAGGUCUGCGGAUACACGGACGCCGAGAAUCUAGCCAGACUGCAGCGCAGUUUGGGAAGUUCAGCAUUGGAGGCAGUUAGAAGUCGUCUGCUCCUACCCGCAUCUGUUCCGUACGUGAUGGAAACGUUGCAUAAGCUCUACGGAAGGCCAGAGAUACUGAUAAGUUCUCUUCUGAAGAAGGUGAGGAACGCUCCGCCACCGAAGUCGGAUAACCUGAGCACCAUUGUCACUUACGGCUUUGUUAUUCAGAAUCUCGUCGAUCACAUUAUUCUGACAGAUCAGCAAGCGCAUUUAUCGAAUCCGAUGCUGCUACAGGAGUUGAUCGAUAAAUUACCCACCUCGCUGAAGAUGCAGUGGGGAUCCUUCAAGCAGGCGUUCGUUCACGUCAACCUGGCGACGUUCAACAACUUCAUGUCGGGACUGGUGAAUCUAGCUUCCGAACUGAGCAUUGGAGUGGACUCUGCCCAAAACUACCAAAAACAGCCUAGGGUGGAAAAGACGAAGCAAAAGGAGAAGCUGUUCACCCACGCGAAUGAGCCGCCAAGUGUAUUGAAGAAGGAGAGUCCAGAAGGAGAACGUACGUCAAAAGCGUGUUCCUACUGCGAGAAAGACGGCCAUCAGAUCCUGAACUGUUUCAGUUUCAAGUCGUUGGACAUCGGAGGCCGGUGGAAGGCAAUGCGGCAGAAGAACUUGUGCCGAUUGUGCUUGAUACCGCAUCGUAAGUGGCCGUGUCGCUCAAAAAAGGAAUGUGGGGUGGAUGCAUGCCGUUUUCGACACCAUAUGCUGCUGCACAGUAGUCGCAACGAUGCUGCCGACGGCGCAAAGUCAGGCGAGACUGUUCACCAUAAUCAUCACCACACGAAAUCGUUCUCUCUUUUCCGUUAUCUGCCAGUUACGCUAUACGGGGAUGGGAAGCAAGUCGAAACUUUCGUGUUCCUGGAUGAUGGAUCGUCAUCGACGUUGCUAGAAGAAGGAAUCGCAGCACAGUUAGGUAUCGAAGGUGAACCAGACAACCUGUGGCUGAGUUGGACCGGAAAGAUCAGUAGACACGAAAAGACAUCGAAGAGGUUGAGCGUGAAGAUAUCCGGUGCUGGGAAGAAGGAAACUUUUCAACUGAGCAACGUACGAACAGUACACGAGCUAGGACUUCCAAGUCAAACGUUGCACUACACAGAGCUGUCAAAUACAUUCCCGCAUUUGCAGGGGCUUCCCGUGGCCAGCUAUGUCAACGCCAAACCGGGCAUGAUCAUCGGUCUUGAGCACGUACGGUUGCUGACUAGUCUGAAGAAUCGUGAAGGCAAUAGCAGCGAACCAGUAGCAACCAAAACACGAUUGGGAUGGUGCGUGUAUGGGAGAAACAACGGAAGCGAAGGUUCAAUUGAACAGCUGAACGUCCAUGCCUGCGAGGAGAUGAGUAACAGCAAUCUACACGAUUCAAUGCGAAAGUUCUUCGCCGUUGAGGACGCCGUUGUGACGAAGCAGCUUGAAUCCGAGGAGGACAAACGAGCACGCAGCAUCCUAGAAGCAACAACGGUACGGAGAGGAACUCGUAUGGAGGCGGGUUUGCUCUGGCGUAAAAACAACGUAAACUUCCCGGAUAGCUUUCAAAUGGCGGUAAGCAGGUUGAGAGGUUUGGAGAAACGGUUGGCAAAAGAUCCAGAGCUGCGCAGAAGAGUGAACGAGCAAAUCGAGAGCUACGAACAGAAGCAGUACGUCUGUAAGGUGUCGUCGGAAGAGCUGGAGAAAACGAACCCUGAGCGAGUCUGGUUCCUUCCGUUAGGGGUGGUAACGAACCCCAAGAAACCGAACAAAAUCAGAAUGGUGUGGGAUGCUGCUGCAAAGGUCGGUGGUGUUUCAUUCAACGACAUGCUGCUAAAGGGUCCGGAUCUUCUCGUAUCACUCGUGGAAGUUUUGCUACGAUUCAGGGAAGGCAAGAUUGCGGUGUGCUCCGAUAUCCGCGAAAUGUUCCUGAGAAUCCUGAUUAGGGAGGCAGACAAGUGGUCGCAGUGCUUCUUAUGGCGUAGCAGUCCAGAGGAUGAAGUGCAGGUCUACGUAAUCAAUGUAGCGAUGUUUGGGGCAACCAGCUCUCCGUGCACGGCGCAGUUCGUUAAGAACAAAAACGCUCUCGACUACGCGGAACUAUAUCCCAGAGCAGUAGACGCGAUCAUCAAGAACCACUACGUGGAUGACUUCCUCGACAGUGUCAACUCGGUGGAGGAAGCAGUACAGCUUGUCAAACAAGUGCAAUUCAUCCACGCAGCAGCAGGCUUUGAAUUCGGCAAAAUCCUGUCUAACUCGCAGGAUGUGCUCGAUCGUCUAGGGGAGACUGAAUCGUCAGCCUGCAAGUCGCUGAACCUAGAUAAGGAUGAAGUCUACGAACGCGUCUUAGGAGUGGUGUGGGUCCCUUCGGCGGAUCAUUUCACCUUCGAUCAGACAGGGCUCAAGGAAGUUUUGGGCAACAACGGGGUGGUUCCAACGAAAAGGCAAGUUCUACAGACCGUGAUGAAGCUGUACGAUCCGUUGGGAUUCGUUGCGCACUUCGUCGUACAAGGCAAAAUCCUAAUGCAAGAGAUCUGGCGAACGGGUACCAACUGGGACGAGCCCAUAGAAGAGCAGCUACACGAUCUAUGGAAUAGAUGGAUCGAACUAUACGAGACAAUCAAUGAAGUGGAAGUUCCUCGUUGCUUUUUCGGGAAUCUUCUGCCGAAGGAAGUUGACGAAAUAGAAAUCCACGUGUUCACGGAUGCUAGUGUCACAGCAUGUGCAUGCGUAGUAUACUUGCGAUUGUCGGUCAACGGAGGUAGCUGGUGUUCGUUGGUAGCAGCAAAGACUAAAGUCGCACCACUUCGAGCGCUCUCAAUUCCUCGCCUGGAACUUCAGGCUGCCAUGAUGGGAUCACGUUUGCUGCAAAACGUUUGUUCGGCGCUCACUCUCAACAUUCGGAAGCGUUUUCUAUGGACGGACUCAGCUACUGUUCUGGCGUGGCUUCGAUCGGACAGCCGCCGAUACCAUCAGUUCGUAUCUUUUCGGGUUGGUGAAAUUCUUUCGCUCACGAAUGUGGAUGAAUGGCAUUACGUACCCUCAAAGCUCAACGUGGCUGACGAUGCCACCAAGUGGAAUUCGGGGCCAUCGUUCGAUCCAGAUAACCGUUGGUUUCAAGGCCCACCAUUCCUACGAGAUACAAAAGAGCAGUGGCCAAGAGAAUCAGCAGUAUUAGUGGCCGAAACGGAUGCGGCAAGUGAAGAACUUCGUAUGGUAGCCGUACAUCAAACGGCUGACGAGGUAGUUGUCGUUGAACGCUUUUCGAGAUGGAGUCGUCUAGUCCGAACGAUGGCCAACGUUCACCGUGCGGUAAGGAUCUGGAAGCAAACUAUGUACGGAGAAAGUCGACGGCAAGGCCUCGAUCGAGAUGAUUUCGUGAAAGCAAAGGAGACACUUUGGCGCCAGGCUCAAGCGCAGGCGUAUUCGGAGGAGGUUCACGAGCUAACAAAUGGUCACAGCGUUGGAAAACGAAGUUCACUGCACUCGCUGGUUCCAUUUUUGGAUGAAAACGGGGUCGUUCGGGUAGGAGGUCGAAUCGGAUGCGCACCGCACAUUCCAUACGCGGCGAAACAUCCCGUUGUGCUGCCAAGAGAUCAUCGUAUCACUUUCCUUUUGGUGGAUUCCUUUCACCAACGGUUCCUGCACGCCAACGGAGAAACAGUCUGUAAUGAACUACGGCAGGAGUUCUACAUACCCAACCUUCGGGUGCUGGUACGAAAAGUUAGCCGAAGUUGUCAGCACUGCAAGGUCAAGAAAGCAGUUCCUGUGCCACCACUGAUGGGGCCACUGCCGAGGGUACGCCUAACACCAUUUAUUCGGCCGUUCACGUACGUCGGCGUGGAUUACAUGGGGCCUUUCGAAGUCAAAGUGGGUCGCAGCGUGGUGAAAAGGUGGAUCUGUCUAUUCACCUGUCUCACUAUACGGGCUGUCCACCUAGAGCUGGUCCACAGUCUUUUAUCGAUCGCCUGCGUUAUGGCGUUCAGGAGAUUUGUAGCCAGACGGGGAGCACCGUUGGAGGUAUUUUCGGACAAUGGCACAAACUUUGUUGGUGCCAAUCGCCAGUUAUCAGAGGAGAAACAGAGGAUCCAGAACAUCAUUGAGGACUGCGCCGCCACAUUCACCAAUGCAAAUACCAAGUGGCAUUUCAACGUUCCGGCAGCUCCGCACAUGGGAGGACCAUGGGAGCGUAUGGUCAAGUCCGUGAAGGUGGCGAUGAAGGCUAUUCUGGAUAGUCCACGACAUCCGAGCGACGAGGUGUUGGAGACGAUUAUGUUGGAUGCGGAAGCUAUUGUCAACUCCCGUCCACUGACCUACGUUCCCUUGGAAGCACCAGACGAAGAGGCACUCACGCCAAACCACUUUCUGCUGUACGGAUCAACCGGCAUCAAGCAACCAGCAACCGAUCCUGUAAACGGAAACAUCCUGCGAGACAGCUGGAAGCUUGCGCAGCACAUCGUGGAUGAAUUCUGGCGCAGAUGGGUGCGGGAAUAUCUCCCGAUGCUAACGAGGCGAACGAAAUGGUUCGAGGCGGUAAAGCCGCUGGAACCUGGUGAUCUAGUCGUGAUAGUCGACGAGCAUUCGAGGAAUCGAUGGGAGCGUGGACGUAUUUUGGAGACCUUUCCGGACAAAUCCGGGCAGGUGAGGCGUGCUACGGUGCAGACAGCUAGGGGAGUGUUCGCUAGACCUGCGGUGAAGCUAGCAGUUCUGGACGUUAAGUGCAACGACAAGAGGACAGAAAAAGUCGCUGCGGAUACGGAAGUGGUUCACGGGUCGGGGAAUGUCGCCGAUACCCCUCGUUGCGACGAGUUGUUGGUGAACCAACUGACCGAACCCUCGCGAGCGAAACGCCAAUGCCGGAUAAAGUGA